AUGGAUUUAGACGGUAUACUUGAACUGGAACAACAAUAUUACGAGGAAGGCUAUGAAGAAGGAAGAAGAGAGAAUCUAAAACACAACUUACUAGAAGGGAAGCAAUAUGGACUUCAAGUUGGAUUCCAGAGAUUCCAUCUUCUUGGGAUGAUAUAUGGAAUAUGUGAUAUACUAAUAGGUAAAAUUGAUGAUUCUAGUUUGCAGAAGAAUGCCAAACUGAUAAAGCAGCUUAUAGACAAUAUCCAUAUGGACAACAGCCAAGAAAAUGUUGCAGUUUAUGAGAGAAGCAUAUUUAAGAUACGAAAUAAGUUCAGAUUGGUUCUAAUGUGCUUGCAGAAAACACUCUUGCAAGGUUCGACGCAAGAGCGCCUAACUUUGGAAAAUGUAGAGACUUUAUCAAAGAAAGUCGCAGGUGAGAUCCAAGGCUAUGUAGAGGAACGAGACAACGCCCUCAGUCACACUGAAGUUAUGGUACAGGACCAGACAACUGAUUGGUGA